ACCCAUUUUCCAAGAAGCUAUCAUCGUGCAUUUCAUUCGUAUUGUCCACAUGACUCUGCAUUAGGUAGACGUUUAUAUCUUAAUAUCCAGAUCCAUCCAAGUGCUCUGUGCCUGUUGCGCUGGGGGUUAAUUCCCAUCGUGCCAUCAAACCAUGUUCUCCAGCAGCUUACGAAAACGGCCUCAAUGGGAGUCUGUGCCGUCCAAUCUUCUGUCCAUACCUGCUCCACAAUGGCAAGAGAAAACCCUCAACACUCACGACAUAGAUGUCCCGGUAUACGGAUCUGGAGGACAUGAGCAGCGCAUGUGCUUUCUGCUCUUAUCCGCAUCAGACCUGGACACCCAGGAAGAAGUUGUGGAGAGGGUAGAAAGACUUAGUCUCUUUAAUGAAGGGCAGCAUGUUGGCAUUGUUUUCCUAUUGAAGGAGAAAGAUGGAAAGAAUGGCUUCACUGCAUAUAUAAAGCUUCAGACAAUUUUGCUCGACUUGAGACUCGAAGUCUCCAUCAUACCUCUCAACAGCCUCCGCGCUUUAUCCACGGCAAUCUUCGUCUGUCAGCGCCAGCUUCUUCUAGCAAAGCCGAUAAUAGCGCCCGUCUCGCCCGUCACUAUACUGCCACACUGCGCUGCACGUGCACAACUCCUGGAGCAUACCAGAAACGUCCUGAGUGAUAUGUUCCACGGCUUCUCCGAGCUGGCCGCGGCAGCAACGACAGAGGAUGGUCAGAAUGCUAUCAAAGAAUACGUGCCGGACAAGGGACAAGCGGAACAAGCUAUCGAAUUUUGGCUGAGUGAAUACGUUGCUGAGUGAAGUCUGCCAGGGUUCUGAUGUGAAUAGACGGAGGAGAAGAUUUCCGUGCUCGAACAGAUAUGGCUAGAGGGAGAUGCUCACGCACUAUUAUGGCGGGGGGGAUAAUGUGCUUCUAGCUACAUACAGAAAACUAUCACUUAG